AUUUAAAGAACAGGAUGUUAAUAGAAUUCAUUCGUUGCCAAAAAUUAGUGCUGCUUCAUUAUACCGUCGGACGCCGAAUUUUGUGUAGAACGGCCACAGCGAAAAGAGAAAUAAUACAAUGGACAAAGCAUGCGAAAGUGAGUUUAAAGAGCUGAACUUGGAAGCCAAGAUAAUUUUGUCAUCGUGGUAUGGCCUCGCAGGUUUAGCGGCCAUUAUUGGAAACGCGAUCGUGUUAUGGUUGGUCGCUCGAAACAAAUCACUCAGAACAAUCUCCAACUUGUUCCUCGCUUCGUUGGCAGCCGCAGACUUUUUUGUAGGGCUUGUAAUAGACCCAGUCUGGAUUUUCACCAGAUGUGUGGGAUAUGAUGCAAAUACUUAUGUGCAGACGUCUGGUAAAGUUAUCGAUUAUCUCUGGAUCCACACAACAGUGGCCACCACGUUCAACUUAUGUUGCGUCACUAUGGACAGGUAUCUGGCGAUCCUCCAUCCUCUCCGCUACCAAGAUAUUCUUACCAAAAGGAGAUGUUAUUUGUUCAUAGCCACUGUUUGGUUCAUCUCUUUCAUUCUCCCGUGCUCCAGAUUCUUCGUCAAAGAUGGUUCAGUGGCGCUGUGGUUAUCAUUUACAAUCAUCACGGUUCUGAUUCCCAUGAUCAAUAUAAUAUUCUGUUCUAUCAGAAUAUUGAAAGCAGCAGCAGCCCAGUCUAAGAAAAUUAGAAACAACUACACUUUACAGAGUCAAGAGGCCCUAAGAAGAGGAAGGAAAAACUCAAAGGCGGCAUGGACGAUUGGCAUUGUGGUGGGGCUCUUUGUUUUCUGCUGGUUACCAAGUCUAAUCACAUCUUUAGUGAAUUAUUUCACCCCACGUAAAUGUGGCCUGACCAGACAACUGUUAUACUACACAGUGUGGACAUCAGUCGAAGCUCUUGCUUUUACUUCAUCAGGAAUUAAUCCGUGGGUGUAUUGUUUGCGAUAUGAAGAAUUCUUCAAAGCUCUGACUCAUACUUUUCCUUGCGUUAAAAGGCGGAAUUUAGAAGAAGCUCUCUCCCAUCCGAGAGCGAGGAAGCAGGGCGACACAUAUACAUAAAGAACAUGGCUUCAUCUUUGCAGUUUACUUUAUUAUAUGCCUUUACUUCUCAAAUUUGGAUAGUUACAACAUUUUAGAUAAACCCGUUAAGCGUCAAUCAUGAUUUGACAAAGGGAUACGGUGUACUCAUAGCUUUCUCCUCAAGAAUAUGCUUAGAAAAUUAACUAAGGCUAAUGGUCAAAAUCAAUUUACUUCCAUUCCCCGCUUUUUUCCUUCUUAAUUCGAAAAUGUUAGGUGUUUGUGGAUUUUUAUUAAUCAAAAUUUAUUAUGCAGUUUAUAAUAAUUGUGAAUUAUAAAUGAAU